AUGACAGACAGCGAAGAAGUAAAAAAGCUGAAACAACAGCUCGAGGAAUCAAAAGCUCGUGAGGAGGUUCUUAAAGAAACAGAAGAGGAUUUGAGGACUGAAGUUCGAGCUUUGCGUGAUGAAAGGACUCGGGCAUUUCACACGAUUCAUUUUUUGAGAAAUCAAGUCGUCGAUAAACGAGAGAGACUUGAAGACGUCGAGGAAGAGAACGCGGUUCUUCGGGAGCAGAUUGAGCUAAAAGAUGCGAUUAUCGAACAUCUUCAUCGUCAACUUGAGCGAGGGAAUGCUGGAAACAACUAA